AUGGGGCUCGACGGAGAGAUUUCAAAAACGCAAAAUGAUUUGGAUCAUUUCAAAUGUGGAAUUUGUUUCGAGAUAUUUAAAGACCCUUUGGAAUUAUGCUGCUGUAAUAAAAAUAUUUGCAGCAUGUGUAUCAACGAUUGGCUUAAAAACAAAACUCGGAAUGACAAAGUAUGCCCGUUUUGUCGAGGCUCACAGCAUCCGAGGAGAACGAAAAAGAACAAAGUAUUUUGUGAAAUUCUUGAGUCGACAAAUCUUGUCUGUAAAAACGAUUGGUGUCGAGCACUUAUUCCUUAUGGAAAUUAUAAAAAUCAUGUUGAUGGUUGCAAUUCCGCUUUAUCAAAACUUUGUGAUUUCUGUGGCAUCGGUGUUUUGCAACGAAAGAUGAAAAAACAUCAAGAAGAAGAAUGCGCUCCAUCUUUAUUAUAUCAACUGACCGUAUUGAGAGGCAGUAUGAAAGAAUCAUCAUUGAAGAAAGAUAAUUCUGAGAGAGAACUCAAAAUUGUUCAAUCAUCAAAGAAAAACGACGAGGAUCCAUCACUUGUAAAGAUUUGUGACAAACUCGAAUUACUUGAGAAGGAAAUCUUUUCAAAAGAAAAAUCAAAUGAAAUUGUCGCGGACAUAAAAGAAGAAGUCAAAUCACUGAAACAACAAAUUAUUUAUGACCGGGAAAUUAUGCUUCGAAAUAUUAUGGAUAAAUUUGAAUCGUUCGACAAAGAAGAUUCUCAAAAGCUUAAAAAAGCUCUUGAAGAUCUCAAACAGCGCGAAUUGAAAAUCGACUUUCUCCAGUCUCAAAUAGGUAGUCCUAUCUUCGAUGAUGCUCUGUACCUCAAUGAUAAUUUUGACAUUUAUUAUUGA